UGAUUAAAUUAUAUAGAAAAGCAUACAGACUGGAUUCAAAUUGUCAAAUUUGCUUAGGGAGGUUUCUAACUAAGUAAGUGGCCGUCAUGAUAAGAGCUGUUUGAAUUACUUAAAUGCCAAGGAAAGGAGGUUCAACGCUCCCUACUUAGCUCCUUUAGCAUAGGAACGGAAUUAUUUCCUUUCCAUUUUCGACCCACAGUUCCUUGCAAUAUGUAAGUAGCGGCGUAUCAUUCGGCCAUUCACGAGAAAUAACGACCAUGACCGAGAAACGGAGAUUAUGUAAGUGACCGUAAGCAUAAAUAUUUUUAUUGCAACCUUGUUAAUAAAGUACUUAUGUCGUCUGCAUGACACAGCACUGUUAAAAACACGGACGAAGGGAUUUAUGCGCUGCUUUGCAGUCCCAUCUUGGGAGAAAUGUUUCUGCAAGCCCACGUCACUAACAUGCGUCUCCCGUCGCAUCACAAACACGUUGCUUAGCGGACGCAGUCGCUAACAGCUACAGUUUACACCGGAUAUAACGUCACGCUCACCUCCUUUCUUCCGUCCAUAUCCGUCACACAAAGCAGGCGCCGCAUGUGGCUACAACGGGAAGCAGCCAUGUUGAGCCAGCGCAUAGAUCCACGACUCUAAUAACGGUAUAGGAGAUGCGUCCUUAGUUAAGUGGACUAUUAACUUCCCUCGGAUGAGCGGUGAACCAUACCAAAAUGUCGGCGGACGAGUUUCAGACAAAAUACUCCUCUGUCAUGGAGGUAAUGCUCAAGGGUGCAAUCGCUGAGACCACGAAACUUUUUGAAACUAUGGUGGACGAGUUGAAGGCAGAAAUAUCUCGAGUGAAGAAGGAGAACGAUGACCUCAAAACACGAUGUGGCCAAUUCGAGAACGCGAGAAACCAACCUUCUGUUCGCACCAGGGAAGCUGAUCCGGUUCAAGGGCCCAGCGAAGGCUCUGCUAAACGUGACCGAGCCAUUCAAUGCGACCUUCUACCGGUUCGCACAAUGCUGGUUGAGCAAUGUCAACCACUGAGGCCUUCAUCACGGCAAAACCAUGAGCAACAAUGCACCUACGAGAAGAUGGAGUACAGUUUGCAGGACCACACCUAUGGAGUGGGAACGACUCAAAUGGCCUUUAUAUUUGUCAAACAGGAGUCCUAUGAUUCUUCUCAGUUGGUCCUGAAGCAGGAGGAAACUGAGGCCCCGGUCAGUGGGCUAGACUUGAGUGACAAAUCAGGUUCACCACAAGCCUCUGUUUUUGCAGCUGAGAAUGAAGGCAUCCUGGAACCCUAUUUAGGAAGGGAGAGAGAUCUACAAGGAGCCCAAAAGCAAUCGUCUGAAUUGGGGAAUUCACUAGUCCUUUCAUUCGCUGAAACAAAAGACAAUUUAGAAGAUUCUGAGUUCAUACAGAUGGAUCGACUCAUAACAACUGAAAAACAUCCAUUGGUAGUUGCACAUCAGCAGUCAGAGGUUGCAACACUCGAAAAAGAGCAACCAUCUGGGAAAUCCCAACAAAGUGACAGAGAGGGCAAAGUGUCAGUAGGUGAACCGGCUGGUGUUUCUCAGCAACAUUGUGUAGGUGGGAAAUCUACAGAAGAACAACUGUCACUGCCUACGUCGCUCAAUACAGGAGAAACAUGUGAACAAUUAAAAAGUGGUGUGGCACAGAUUGGGGGUGGUCUCAAACUUGAGUGGGCACAACACAGAAGAGGACGACCAUCCAAGAAAGCUAAACUUAUGCAGCAUCCAGUAAAAGAAAUUGGAAAUUCGCUCACUGUUUCAGAAACAACUUUAAGUAAAAUAUGUUUCUCUGAAAAAGAGAAACCAUCUGAAUCUCAACAUAAUUCCAUGGCAAGUGAAGAAGGGGCAAUUAAGCCCCCAUUCAAUGAAGUUCUAUCUGCAAAUGAAACCUUAAACCUUUCAAAUAUUCAGCCCCCGGAACGCUGCACCUCUGUUACCCUUCAGGAUGCAAUACUAUUGGUUGAAGCCAUGAAUCAGUCAACAGAAAAAGACACAUUGACCACCAUAAUUCAAACGGCAGCACCACCUCAAACCCAGUUUGCACUCUAUGCGUGUGCUUUAGAAACCGUGGACGAGAUUCCGGCAGAGAAAACCCAAUUGGUAAAAAAUAAAAUUGGUGUCGCUCCUGUGGCAUCACAUGCCACUAAUGAAGCUCAAUGCCACAUCAACGUGGUAACUGCAAAAGAAUCGCACACAGUUACUCCAUCCAAUACAACCACGCCAUCAACUACUGCGGUAAAAAGAAGUGUACCGUCACCGCAGCAGCACCUUCCCUGUCCUCCGGUAACAUUUUUGGUACCCAGCAAUCAUGAUCAGGUGGUGUCUUAUAAAAUAGUUUCCCAGCCAGGAUCAGUAUCCUCAUUAAUUUGCCAUAAAAUAGAGGCACUGUUGCCACCCCAGCUUCCUUCUGUUGUUUCAGUUGUUGCUGCACAGAAAAGUGCUGCACUGCCGCGCUUUACAGCAGAAACCUCCUCAAUUUCCUCCGAUCCUCAGAAAUCUACACAAAUUACGUCCAGGAAAUUAUUCCCUCCUGUCCUUUCACAGUCAACCACCACCUCGACUGACCUGCAGUCAGGGACUACAGCACGUCCAAAAAUAAGAAUUGUAGGUCAGAAACCGGUGUCAAAGACAAUUGUUCAGACAUCCAAGCAAGAUUCCACGAAAUCUGACGCUUUUAUGGUUUCCUCGCCGCAGUUCAUUCCUUCAUCCAAGGACAUAAGCAUUUUUGUGGACACUCAAACUAUUUUAGAUAAAGUAUCUGCAAUAUCGUCUAAGAAAAAGUAUCAAACUUUGCGCAACUUAGAAAUUCCAAAACAAACUGCCCCGGUUUCUGAACUGGUUAAUGCAGUUACACAGACCUGUUCCAGUUCAAACCUGUCCGAUAAGCUAAAGCCAACCCCAGUGUCUGUUGAAAACAACCUCACUGCAGUGGUCAGACUGACGAGACUGCCAUUUCCCAUAUCGGCCAACGAAGCAGUCUUGGUUUCAAGACUUCAUAUCGAUGGAUCUAGUGGAAGUCAAUCCGUUUUGAAAGAAAAGACACAAGGGGAACAUUCCCCGCCGCCAUCUCAGACGCAUGGUUUAUCCGCCAACGAUUGUACCAAUUUGAAAGAAACAUCUGUUGCUAUAAUUGCAAAUACCUCGCAGAUGUCCAAAGAGCCAGAUGAAAUUCAAGAAACUGCAUCAUUAUCCUUUGAAAACUGCACCUUUUUGGAUGAAGACCCAGCUGACAGCAGGCUAUCAACAACAAUCAAGACUGAACAGUCUGCUGAAAAUUGCACAGCAGUUGAAUCGGCUUCUUAUUCUAAUUGGGAGAUGAUUAGCAUUGCAAUGCAAGACAGGGCAUCAUCUAACGGCCCACGCAUGGCUGAGAAGGGAUCUGUUGCUGUUGUGCAUCUGACCCCCAUCACCAGCAAGAAUAUAUCUGACCUUCAUUUGAAGAUGACUAAAGCCCAGUUCCUGACACAGCUGGCAGUGACACCUGCACCGGAAGACCCCAAAAAGGUUUCCUCUAAUGACUCAGUAAAAGCCGCAGCUGCAGAAACGAGCCCCAUUAAAAAGAAGGAAUUACAGAAAAAAUCCCUUGUGGCCCGACUUCAAAGUCAUCUCAAAACUUGCCUGCAAACUAGAAGAACUAAAACUAAUUCAGAACCAUGCACAGCAACGAAGACCUGCACUGUGUCUCCUAAAAGGUGUGUCAUUGAGAAUGGAAAUCCAAAAAGUAAAGAUGGAAAAAGAGACCCUUUUCCCAUCUGCCCAAAGGACUCAGGAGCCGUUGAAGAUACAAUUCCCAAAAAAAUUAGAUUAACUCCUGUUAAUCUAAGGAGAUCUGGAGCCUGCGAAGCAGGAAUUGGAACCAAGAAGACUGUUGCUGAACCGUCUUUAAUCAGUUCUACGACAUUUAAGGCUACUAGGAAAUCGGCUGCUGUGACUCCCAGGAGGUCUAGUUCAGGUACACAUAGUGUACGCCUGACACCAAGAAAAUCCACUUCGGUGAGUCGCAGGGAGUCUACAGCAACGGAAAAAAGUGCUAGUCCUAAAAAGUCAAAACCCACUUCAGUAAAUCCAAGGAGGUCUAGCUCAAUUAAAGAAAGGGAAAGCCCUAAAAAGACUAAAUCCAUUUCGGUAAGUCCGAGGAGGUCUAGCUCAAUUAACAAAAUGGAAAGCCCAAAAAAGACAAAAUCCACUCUGAGCUCUAAAAAUAUCAAAAACAUUUCUGCGUCUCCAAGGUGGAUUCAUUCAACGACAGAUUGUGCUCGCCCUAAAAGUACCGGCCCGAAACGGUCUAUUGAUGAAUCAACUACUUUCUGCCGUAGGAGAUGUACCUUACCGAAAGAUGGUUCAAGCAGUAAACCAAAUAACAGAGAAUCUAUUUCCUUCAGUCCUAGUUAUAGCAUAACUCCAGACCGGUCUAGCAAUAAAGACACUAAAAGUGUAACAGGUUCGUCAAGUGUUAGGUGGCCUAAAUCGGUUAAAAAUGGUGUCAGCCCUAGAAAUACGCGGGAAACUGCUACUGCUAAGAAACCCAGAUUAUUGCUUGAUGGUAGUGGUCCAAAACAGAAAUUAAUGUUUGAUGCGGAGGAGUUGGCUAAUGUGGCAAAACCCAAGACGGUAGCCAAUUUGAAAAAUUGUAGUCAGUCAAAAUUGCUGAAUGGAUCAAAAACUGGCCAAUUAGCGGAGAGUCGUGCAAGCUGUGAGACGGGGAGAAAAUGUACAGCCAAAGUUGUGUGGAUCCAUCCCAGACCUUCGGUCAGUAAGACUCCUCUGGUGGGGGUGAAUAAAGAGCCGUCUUCACCCAGAUUGCAGAGUCACAUGUUAGUUUACCCCCCGAGUGUUUCUCUCCUCCCCAUACCUGUCCGAGGGCCACCGAUUGUAUCUCCAUUACAGCCGUUAUCAGUCAUUGGUAGGCGACUGCUUAAGAACCAGUGUGGCGAGUGUGGCCGGGUCCUCAGCAGCGCCGCUGCCCUGGAAAGCCAUGUCAGUCUCCACGCGGGUCGCCGACCCUUCUCGUGCACGCUGUGUGGGAAGAGGUUCCCAGACUCAGGAGGUCUUAAACGGCAUAGCAGGGUGCAUCGCAAUGGGAGGAUCCAUAUCUGUCAUCAGUGCGGGAAGGGCUUUGUCUACAGCUUUGGCCUCACCAAACACCUCCAUAUGGUGCACAGGAAGAUUAAACCUUUCAUCUGCCAGAUUUGCAACAAAGGUUUCUUUGCAAAACGUGAUGUGGAAGCUCACAUACGGAUUCACACAGGGAGAGAAACCAUUCCACUGCACCCUCUGUGAAAAAAAAUUUGCUAGGAGGGUGGAUCUAAAUGUGCAUUUAAGGUGGCAUAAUGGGGAGAAGAGAUACUGGUGCCCAUUCUGUGGGAAAGGAUUUUUAGACUCCCACCACCUGAAAAGGCACAAGUAUAUCCACACAGGUGAGAAACCAUAUUCCUGUCCCCACUGUCCCAAGAGCUUCUCACAGUCAGGCAUCUGAAAGCAUGUCAAAAAUGUACAUAAAAUACGAUGGAAAACUACCACCGUUCCAGUGAGAAUAUGAAUGUAUUCAGGAAGAGAGAUAUACGUGUGUAAUGUGAGAAUACUCGUAAGAAUCUGAUGUACCUGUCAAAAGUUUGGACACAUUUUCUCUAUUUUAGUUUUUCUUUUAUUUCUUUUGGGCUCUGUAAGCUCAUUCCCUGGUAUAGAACAGCGGAGACGCGAAUGACUAUUUCUGACCAUGUUGUAACCCCCACCUGGUAUGUAAAAAAUGUUGCUGUACACGUUUUUAUCACUUGGAUUUUUAAAUAUAUUUUGAUUUGUCAAGUCUACAACUAUCAUACCUAAAAUGGUAGCAUACAACUAUUAUCAAAAAGGCCCCCGCUUCACCCUUUUUUUGUGCUAGGACAUUUAAAACACCUGCAACAUGCAGUCAAUGCAUUUAAAGAAUAGGCAUAUGUUGUUUACUUACUUAUACAUUUUAUAUAUUUAUAUUUCAUUUUUUUUAAUGGCAUUUCAUUUUUUUUUUUUUAAGAAAAAGGGCACCAUGGUUACAUUUAUGUUGUUGCUUUUAUCGAACACCUAAAACAAGAAUGAUUAAGGUUUACGCUGGACAUGAAAUAAAUUUGGCCAAUUGGACUGUUUAACGUGCUUAAUCCCCAGGAAGCCAAUGAAUGUAACUGCAGUCGUCAUACGGCUUGGAAUGAGCACAAAACCUUUACUGAAGUUCAUAGGGCUUAUUUCGUAGGCAUAUUUUGGCUUCAGUUGAUCUGUUCCCUUUAUUUUUCCUUUGUAACAGCUUUAGGGGUAAGCUGUGAUGUUAAAAGGUGAGCCAGUCAGCUCUUUUGCUGUCAUUAUGUCUAAUGUUCUGCUGAGACUAAUAUAAUUGUGUUGCUUUGGUAAA